AUGUCAACUUCAGACUCACGAUCGGAACGUGAUUUAUCCUCCGCCUUUAGUAAAUCUAGGCGCUCGCAACUGUUGGCAGGACAGGUACAUUCUGUGGAAAGUGACGGAGAAGCACAGAAAGGGAAAAAGCAGACGGAUGAAAGAAGUGAAGAAUCGGGUGUUUGCGAGGCCAGUGAGAUAGGUGAAAGCAGAAAAGAAGAAAAUAAGCAUAUAGACAAGGAGGCACAGAGCAUAGUAAGAGAUGAUCAUUUAAAUCAUAAGGCAAAGUCAGCAGUCCUACGGACUUCCGCAAGAUAUCGACGACGGCAACACCGAAACUCAGGACCAUCAUGCAGGUUGGAAGAGGAGAUGGAAGAAUUGUUCAAUGUCGAGGAAUGCCACGAGGACGAAGAGGAGAGGGUAAAUGAAACGGACGAAUUGGACGAAAGAGAUUACAAUGAUCCGGAGAGUUGUUCGGUGACUCGAAGGCAAGAUGGGGAGGAGUUCAAAGAGGUUGAUAGUGAGGUAAAGACAAAUGGCGCCAACCAAGGAGAUGCAAAAGAGGACAGUGAAGGUAAUGAGUUUGAUGAAAGAGAGGUUGAUGCUAUGAGUGAGAAUGAAUCUGAAUUGAAGAGGGAUUCAUCUUCUGCAGUAAAUAUCGAUGCAUGGCAUCCGUUGACUUUGGCAAAACGUGCAAGACGCACCAAUCAGACGUCCAACUUGUCCUCUCUGCCGACUGGCAAUGAGCCUUAUUUCAACCAGUGCUCCUCGGAUGCGCCAAAUCGUCAUCGAGAGGACAACUUUCCGACGCUCAGGUAUCGUCAUACCUCGGGAAGCGCAGAUUUGGGAAAGACAAACUGUUCUGGAGAGGCAUCGGGAAAUAUGGACUUGUCCAACAACGAUGAUUUCAUCUCGGGUGGAAUGACCAAUAACCUUUCUGGCAGGCAAGACUGGGCAGAGGAGGACUUCAUUCGGACAGAAUCGGAGGCUAAUCAAUUUGGAGUAGAACUAUUCAACGCUGACUCAAUUGCUUCUGUACCUCUCGGUUAUCCUCACGUCCAGACUCAACUACUUACCAGUCUUCGUCGUGAGAAGAGGCGAUACUGCUUGAAGAAGGCGUGCUCCAACUCGUCUGGCGAUUUGUUAGAGUCCACCGGUCCCGGACUUUCUGGGCCUGGAGGUUCAGGCAACGGUGAGGUAACAACAAACGUGUCUCGGGAGCGUGAGUUACGCAGUCAAUUUGAGAUGAGGCAUUGGAGGAUAGCCAACGCGGACAAGUUGAAUGCGCUAAUUGACGAGUGUGAGCGGAUUCUUGAUGGCAGAAAGGUGUUCAAAUGUAAAUAUUGCGGCAAAGUAUACGAGAUCAAGAGCAGUAUGCGAUAUCACAUGAAGAUCAUCCACCUGCAGAUGCAUCUGAAAACCUCUGAGAUGCAAUGUCGUGUCUGCGGAAAACAGUUCACCUGUAUCAGUGCGGUCAAUCGUCAUCAGGCGAAGUGUGCAUUGGCUCUCAGUCUGCCAGUCAGCGGAUCACUGGGCCUUAGUCUGUCCCGGCGUGGGAGUGUGGCCGGCCUGGCCUCGCACUCAUUUUUAGGCGCAAACGCAAGUCGAGCCGGACUCGUCCCCACCGAUGAGCACAAGCUGCUGGCCUCUACGGCCUCGCUCUCACCCAACAGUCUGGUGUCAUCUUCAUUCGCCUACACCCACCAGACGGUGCCGUCACUCGCCACUCCACAAGUCGCUGUCUCGGUGCCCAUGGCUCCGCUGUUAGAGUUCCCUGGUUCGUCUGGUGAACCGCUACUCAGUACUCUUACAUUGGCCGCUGGCAUCAGCUCAGAGGACCCUCUUCGGGUCACCCCACCGGGGCCGUUUUUAGCAGAUUCCUUCUCCUCCCAGCCCCUUCUCUAUCCGACCUCGGGCCGCCCUUUCACCUCGCCUUCCUUGCCAUCUUCGUCUGCUUCCGCUGCAUCUUCUGCCUCGCCUGUACCCUUCUCGGCAUCAUCUUCUUCCUCCACAUCUUCCAUAGCACCGAACACUCCUGGCUCGUCGGGUCCAGUGCUCACACUACCCUCUUUCCUCUCCUCUGCCGUUGUCUGUCAGUCCUAUAUGAGCGCCAAUGCUGCUGCCGCAGCAGCUGCUGUUGCUCUGGCCGCGGCUGCCGCCAAUUGUCCGACAGGCAAUUUCGAUGCUACUGCACUUUCCCGACAUCCAUCCGGCCUCGGGGUCCUGUUGCCGUUCGCCACCAACUCCGUCUCGGGCCCAUUACCCUCU